AUGGAGUCAGACUCCUCCCAGAACUCUCUAGGAGAGGACUUGGACCAGAUUGGCAGGCUCAAUCUUACCAUGCCCAACAUAAAUAUUGCCCAGUAUUUGAAUCGACCUUCUUUCAAUCUCCCCAAUCUUCCAAGUUUAGAUAUGAGAAGUUUACCCCGAGUGAAAUCUCUCUCUGAUGAAAUAUCAAACUAUAUUUCACAUUAUGUGGGUGAUGAUGUGACCUCGGUGACAUCUGUGAAAACUGCCAUUUCUUCCAGAAUUCAAAUGACCAAUUUCUUAAAUGAUUUGAAUUUGGGACUCUCGUUAUCAAUGGCAAUUGAUCGUCUUGCCCCAUUGACCAGUAUUAUCCAUGAGGCCAUUAUUCUCCCCGUGGAGGAUGAUGAGGAUGAAAUGGAGGUGGAACCCACUCUUCUGGCCAAUGGAGACCAUCAUCAGACAGGCAAGACCGUGGAUCAGUUUACAGAACCAGUAGGGGUCGAUCUUGCAGUACAUAGACAUCAACCAUUAGUUAACCAAUUGGUUAACCCAGAAAAGCCACCACUUUCUCAACGUCAUAAAAAGAAGAGGAAAAUAAACCGGAAAUUAUCAAAAGCUACCAUUCUUUCUGAUGAUACAAACAAUUCUACCCAACCAGGAAGUGAUUUGGAUCAAGUGGAAGAACUCACCACUGAGGAAGUUAAAGCUCUCACAGAUCUUGAAGAUAAAGAUGAUUUUGGUAAUGAAGUUCUUCUUCGUAAUAAGAUUCAACAUAUCCAAAAGUUGGAUAAUUUGAGUCAAAGACUGAAAAGUAAACUUGUUACAAGGUUAAUGAUGGGGAAUUAUUAUCGAUAUGUGAACCAUAAAUUGCCCGAUAAGGUCAAACGAUUAGUUUUAAACGAGGAAAAAAAUGAAUCAGUUGAAGUGGGUGAACCAACUACUGAAUUUGACGAAUUGAGUGAAGAAGAUGAAAUAAGUGAAGAAGACAUCAUUGUCGAUGAAGACAAUAUUGAUACAAAAUCAACUAAUACAGAGAAUAUUACAGUCACUUUGAAUGAACUGGACUUGAUACCUACAUAUUUCGAUCACCCCUUUAAUCAAGUCAUGGGAUGUUCACAUUAUCAAAGAAAUUGUAAACUUGAAUGUCCCACAUGUCAUGACUGGUAUACAUGUAGAUUUUGUCAUGAUCAAGACAAGGAGGUUGGGUUUGAUGCCCAUAAACUUGUUCGAUCUGAGGUGAAACAUGUGCUUUGUAUGGCCUGUAAUACUCCACAAAUACCUGAAGAAUAUUGCAUUGAAUGUGGCAUUGAAUUGGCCAAUUAUUUCUGUCUGAAGUGUGUCUUGUAUGAUAAUGAUCCCACAAAGGAAAUCUAUCAUUGUGACAAGUGUGGUAUUUGUCGACUUGGUUUGGGGUUAGGUAAGGAUUAUUUCCAUUGUGAUACUUGUAACAUUUGUCUUUCCAUUGAUUUACAAGAACGUCAUAAAUGUCUUGCCAAUACCACCCAUUGUAACUGUCCCAUUUGUAAUGAAUAUCUCUUCACAUCGGUCAAUAAGGUUGUAUUCAUGAAAUGUGGACAUCUGAUCCAUCAGAAUUGUUUUGAUGAGUUGAGUAAACAUAGUUACAAAUGUCCCCUUUGUAAGAAAACAGUAUGUGAUGUUGAAAUGCAAUUCAGAAUAUUGGAUCAAGAAAUAGUUCAACUGCCCUUACCAUCACCUUAUAACUUUUGGCGUUGCAUUGUGAGUUGUAAUGAUUGUAAGGGUAAAUCCAACGUUUCAUAUCAUGUUCUUGGAUUGAAAUGUGAAUACUGCAAGAGUUAUAACACCAACCAGUUGAAACUUAUCAAGCCAGAAGAGGAGGAAGAGGAAGAGGCUGCAGAUGAUGAGAAUAUCAAUAAUGCAAGAUUAAGAGAUACUGAGAAUUCCAUGAGAUUAAUUGGAACAAAUCUUCAAAGUAAUUUCAGAAUAGAUGAACAAAACGUUAGCACUACAAACGAUGAAGGAUAUGAUGAUGAGUAUGACACGGAAGAUGGGCAUGAACUGGAACAAGAACAAAACUUUGUCGCUUUACGGUCGUUGAGAAGAUUACGAACUGAUGAAGCUCAACAACAACCCAAUGGGUCGUACAUUGCAUCGGUUUUACAAGGGUUUAUAAACCGUAUUCUGGAUGAAAGGCGGUAG